AUGAUGGUUACUUCAAAAAUUUUGAUACUGUUAUACAUACUCUACUGCAAAAUGUACCAAGUCCUCCUUUCUCAUCAUUGUUCAGCAACUACAGGACCAGGUGUUAUUCAGUGUGAUGGGAAGGUGUGGACAGAACCAGCUUCAGUUAUUCAAAUGGGCCAGAAUAUUUCUGUAAACUGCCAUUCUGAUAAAAAAUUCUGUCAGAAUGCCAAAAUACAUAUGCGUCUAAAUAAUGUUGAUUUCGGGGACAGAUUGUUGUCCGUUAUAAACAAAACUACAGUUCAACUUCGGCUUCACAAUUAUGAAACUCAAUUUUCCAUAGUCACAUGUUAUGCUGACUGUCCUCAAGAAAGGAUAUCAAUAUGCGGAACACAAUUUUGCAUGGGCUAUCUGCCUGACAUGCCGACCAAUCUAACUUGUGUCAUAUAUGAGUAUUCGGAUAAUAUGACAUGCACUUGGAACCCAGGCAAGGACACACAUUUAAGCACUAGCUACAAGCUAUACUUGAAGAGUUUUCAGGAAGAAGAACAUAAAAACUUUUCUGCAAACAAUGCCUCCGUUACCAUUCCUCUGAGACAAAUGCAGAAAAACCAAACAUUUUCUGUUUGGGUCCGUGCUGAAAAUGCCUUGGGAAGGAUUCAUUCGGAACAACUGCAUGUUGACCUCAAUGAUCUAGUGGUACCAGCUAUACCCGUUAUUACCCAGCAUACAACUGUAGACUCUCCAGUAUUUAAGACUACAAUACAGUGGGAAAAGCGAAGUGCAAUCAAUGAGAUGUACUGCGAAGAGCGAUACAAGGAGAUAACAAGUGACACUUGGCAUGUUAGAGAAUGGGAUGCCGGUUUAAAAGGAGAGCAUCACACUGAGUACAACUUAGAUGCGAGCAAAAAGUACGAGUUUCAAGUUAGAUGCAAAUUAACGUGUGCCAGAAGCAUUUGGAGCAAAUGGAGUGAAUCUGCAGUGUAUACAACUCCAGAAGCAGAACCAUCUUCGGUACUCGAUGUGUGGAGGUAUCUGGGACCAACAUACCAGAAUGGUAGCCGAGAGGUGACCAUCUUGAUCAAGCCAUUUUUUCCAAAAGAGAGCAGAGGAACAAUUCUGGGCUAUAGAGUUUUCUAUGAAAACGAAGGAGCAAUCAUGGAUUUAUGUAAAACAACAAAAACAAAAUGCAAAGUUUUGGUGCCCCCAGCUGUGAGCAUUGUUUAUGUGACAGCACAUAAUUCAAAAGGAAGUUCCAAACCUGCAAAUAUUACAAUGAAACAACAGCCCCAUAAUUACCAUGAUUUCCCACCCCCUACCAACAUGAAAAUAAUACUUGAUGAACAGAAAGGGAUUUCUGCUGUAUGGGAACCUCCCCAAUCAAUUGGGAAAAUAGUUUUGUGGUACAUAGUGGAAUUGACUUAUGCAGAUGUCAGUCAUGACAUUGUGUGGAAAAAAGUCCCCAUCCAGAAUAUAACAACAUAUAUGAAAGAAAAAAUCAGAAUGGAAAGUGACUUCAACAUUUCUGUAUAUGCUGUGUAUCAAGAUGGCAUCAGCGAGGCCUGUUCUGUUCAGACAUUGGCAAAAAAAGAUCAGGACGGACGCGAUACUUAUCUAGAAAGAACAUCUGCAGCUACCAACGGUAGGAAAGAUGAUGAUUAUGAUGUUGGUGUCCUGUUGGGAACUGGCUUUGGAGUGGCCAGCUUAUGUGUCUUUAUUUUGGGUUUGAUCGCUAAGAAAUCAUGCAGGAAGAGGGUUAACACAGUGUUUCAUUCAGUAACACCAAAAUGGCUUUUAGAAGAUUAUCCUAAAGUGCAGAAAAGCAAUGUGAUCAAAUCACUUCAGGAAAAAAAUGGUCCAGUAAUACAUAAUUCCACUGGGCUGUUCUUGCAUUAUGAGGAUGCUGUAGUAACUGAAGUGGAGGAGACACUGGUACACAAGGAGUAUAAAGUUGUGGGUGAUAAAGAGAAAGCCAGGGAAGCAAUUCUGGAGAAGGUUAACAUUCCAGAAGAGAUAGUAUUUGUCGGCAAUUCAGACAUGACAGAGGAAAAUGGCUACAAACCUCAGGUUUUGAACAAAGCAGUGUUAAGCUACCAACACGGCAAUAUUAAUGAAAUACAUUCUCAAAGCCCAGAUGACAAACCAAACUCCCCAGCUUUGCCCGUAAGUAGUUUAAUAAAAGAUUACCCAAGCCCUAUGGCCACCAUGUGGCCUAUUACGGGUGCCAAUGAAAAUAUAUUUUUAUUUGACAAAAUCAGCCUGGUUUUGAACAACAGUAGAAGUGGGCAGAGCAACAUAGUCAGCUCAGCAGAUGAAGAACCACAUACACCAAUAGAAAGCCAAUUGAAAUUCCUGUUUUCAGAUGAAGAUAUUCAAGAACAGACCUUAAUACCAGAAGAAUUACUCUCUUGCUUAAAAAAUGUGAAUGAAGAUUCUUCCAAUUUAAUGUCUUAUUUCCCUCAAAAUAUUGCAAAGUGA